AUGAAGACAGCAAAAGGGAAGGAUAAAGUUAAGAACACAAAGGAAGCCUUGAAGCCAGUUGAUGACAGAAAGGUUGGGAAGAGGAAGGCGCCAGCUGAGAAGCCUAGCAAACGGGAGAUUCGUAAAGAGAAGAAAGCCAAAAAGGACCCAAACAAACCGAAAAGACCUCCUAGUGCCUUCUUUGUCUUUCUAGAAGAUUUUAGGGUAACGUUCAAGAAAGAAAAUCCAAAUGUUAAGGCUGUCUCUGCUGUUGGGAAAGCUGGAGGGCAGAAAUGGAAGUCAUUGUCUCAGGCUGAAAAAGCUCCAUAUGAAGAGAAAGCUGCAAAGAGGAAAGCUGAUUAUGAAAAACUUAUUGAUGCAUACAACAAAAACAUGGAGGAAGGGAGUGAUGAAUCUGAAAAGUCUAGAUCCGAGGUGAACGAUGAAGAUGAAGCUAGCGAGGAGGUUUCGCUUAAUGUUUUCUCUGCAGGAAGAACAACUAGAAAAGGGAAAGGCAGAUGA